AUGGAUAUCCUACUAGAAAGUCUCAAAGUCGAAAUUCUCUAUAGACUCCCUCUUCAAUCCUUGGCUCUAUGCAAGUGCAUCUCCAAGCACUGGUUCACUCUAAUAACCUUUACGCUUAGAGUUUUUGCGGCUCGUCACCACAACGAGUUGCCAGUGACACUUCUUUUUCAGUACCCAGAUAAGCAACUCAGCAAAAAAAUCUAUAUAAUCAAGGAAAAAUUCAAGUACGGUGAAUUCAAUACUAGUACUAUCGGAGAAUCUGUUGAUGUAGUAGCUUCAUGCAAAGACAUCUUGUUGUGCCUCGGUAGAGUUUCUUCUAAUAAUUACUACAUCGUAAACUGUAUUACCAUGCAGUGGCUGAAACUCCCUCCUGUUCGUGAAGUACCUGGAAGGCUCCAUGUUGGGUUGGUUUGUGAUUCUGGUUAUAAUAACCAUGAUAGAAUGGAGAGUUGGUACAGAGUGGUACGUCUAAUUCUUGAUCUUCAUAAUAAUAUCAUAGUGGAAAUCUUCUCAUCUGAUACAGGUGAAUGGUGA